AUGUUAGACCCAACCUUCAACAUACCGUGUAGUGUCGACUCAAUUCACCAUUUUCACAAUGAUUUCAACUACAUUGCUGGUGCUUUUUCACUACUUUUCAACUCGAUUGUAAUCUAUUUGAGUGUAAAACAAACCAGUAAAAUGAGAACAUACGCUAAAAUUAUUGGGCUAGACUCAUUCUUCAAUAUAUGCUUCACCCUUACUAGAUGCAUUGUUGGACAGGUAAGAUCACUUUUGACAAUUAUAAAUUUUUGAGAAUGUAGGCAGCGUUGGACGGUAAAUUUAGGUAGGUGAGGUUAAGAGAGAGAAGGGAGAGAAAACGCCAAAAAAAAAUUUCGAAAAAUCAACAGGGGGACCACGUUCAACUUUUUCGUAAUAUUUUUUUUCUUCUAAAGCUCUGCUUUAGUAGAUGAUCUAAUCUUUGAGCAAGGCUAGGUUUAGUUUAUAACUGUAGGUUUGAGAUUUAUUACCCAAAAAUAUUUUUUUGGUUAAAAGGUCCGGUUUGCGCUUAAGAACUAUGCAUGAGUACGGUAAAAUUACUGUAACUUAAUAACGGCUGCAAAUGUUUAAACUUCUUUUUUGAAUUAGCUAGCCAAUUAUCUCGUUUACAAACGCUUAAAAUGUCAUGUGGUUACCUAGUCAUUCAAAAAAGUUAUGGCAAAAAAUACAAGCUGACCUUCAUUUUCCCCGUUACCUACAACAAUAUCCUUAACAAACAUUUUUCAGCGCCCGAUCUCAACUUUAGAUUACUACUACUACUUCACAGUAACCCCUUUGUUCUUCUACAGCUCUAAAUCACUUCAAGAGUUUGGAGUAGUAUUAACUUACUUCGUCGUUUACUUCCAUGGAGGUAUACCAGCUGUUCAGUUCUUUUAUCGUUAUCGUGCUCUAAAGGACGAAAGUGUCACAAUGUUUCAAAUUAGUAUAGCAUACUGUAUUCUAUUGUUGUUCAGCAUGUCGAAUGCCGUUUGGUAUUUUUGGGAUUUUGACAGUAAUCCAGCACAAUAUUAUGAUGCUAUCUAUGGAGGAGCUGAUGGAUGUAAUAGUACCAAGUUGCCGACGGUUACCGUGGUUUAUAAAGUAGGUUUAGUUUGGAAAUGUGUUGGUUAUGAAAUUAUCAGUUAAUUUUUAAAAUAUUUUUGAAAUUUUAAAAAUUUUGUAAAUCUGCACGGUGCAAGCCAAAAUUAGUACUAUUGCACCGUGCAAAAUUAAAAAAUAAAAAAAAAUCUUUUUGAAAAAAUUAACGUUAAUUUUGUUUCAGAACACAGUAGGAUUUGAAAUUCACAACAUCUAUGGUCAAGGUGGACUAUGUAUAAUAUUUUUGUUGUUAUUAUACUUUGCAGUGCAGUCCUUUCGAAUUUACAAUGUAAAUGUCAGGCAAAUGGCUUUGAAGACAAGGCAAAUGAACAAAAGUGUCAAUAUUUUGUUUAUUUUACAGGUAAAAUCAGUUUUAUACUUGAGGUGAUAUUAAAUAUGGCAUUUUUUAAAAUUUAAAAAUUUUUUUUAGUUUUGAAAUUUUGUCAAAAUUUUGAAAUUUUAAAUUCCAAUGACGAUUAUUGCCGUUUCAGACAGUGCCACCGUUUAUCUUUAUGUUAUUCCCAAAUUUGUUAUUUGCCCUGAAUGUCCUACCAGCUGAUCUAAUGAGUUAUACCUCAUUGGCACUAGGUGUUGGACCAGCAAUUUCACCAUUGUUCGAUGCUUUGACCGUUCUACUAAUCUUACCAUCAUUUCGACGACAAAUUUUACGAAAAUUCUGGGAACCCCACUUAUCAGUGACUAAAGUUGAAGCUAUUACAAAAGAUACCACUAGAUCAGAGAAUUUCAAAUAA